AUGGCAGAACCCUUACGGCCUCUGGCCGAGGGCAGCAGCCACUGGGGCUCCCUGCCGGGAGAGGAGCGGCAGGAGGCUGCCAGCGCCGGGAGAUACCGGGUACGGCACAGGCUGAAGACGGCCGCAGCCCGCACGGGGAGCGAGGGCACGGCAGCCAACAUGACUUCAGCAGAGGAGGAGUUGUCAGGAGACAGCAAUCUGUCAGCAGAAGCCAGCACAAGCAAGCUGCCAGCAGAUGCUUCUCCUGACUCUAAAUGCCCUAUCUGCUUGGACAGACUGGACAAUGUUGCGUUUCUGGAUGGCUGUUCUCACAGGUUCUGUUACUGCUGUGUCAAGGAGUGGUCAAAAACCAAAGCAGAAUGUCCCCUCUGCAAGCAACCCUUCAUUGCUAUUUUCCAUCCCAUUCGUGAAGAAGACGACUCCGAGGAGUACAUCCUUAGCCCUGUAGGAAAAGGCCCUUUUUUCGGCCCUGAUGGCCGCAUCAUUCAUCACCGGAUCACCUCAGCAGAGGCUCCUCGCCCUGACCCUUCCCUUUCCCGCAGGACGCUGUAUCUUCCAGUGUUUUCUGACCCAGCGCAGCACAGGGAGGGAGAGACACAGCAGGCGCUAAGGAGGCCAGCCUCAAGGAGCCAGGCUGGUGCAGAGGGCAGAGCUCUGCGGCGGAUUCAGGUGGAGGACGUGAUCAGCUUCCGCAGAGCUCUCUACAGCACUGGGGUGCGUAUUCGCAGCAUUCAGGGGGCUGGCCGCUCCAGAGACAUUUCAGCAGAGUUCUUCCGCUGUAACCCUGCCUGCCUGCACAGGUUGGUCCCUUGGCUGGACAGAGAACUUACAGCCCUCUUUGGAACCUAUGAAUGUUUUAAUACUGUACGGCGCCUUAUCCUCAGCAAUCUGACUGCGUACGAUCUGGAAAGCCAGGCCUUUGCUGAUGAGUUACAGCCGUUUUUGUUGGAGCGGACUGAACAUUUCCUACAUGAAUUCAUCAGCUUUGCCCGCUGCCCUUUUAACUUAGAAGAGUACGAUCAACGCGUCAACUACGAUUGGCGAGCACCAUCGUGCGAUGAAGGAAGCCGCUCACACUCGUCAGUUAUUACAGUAUCUCCAGAUACAGCGUACUCUCAAGGCCCAGAUAACAGUUUGUCUGUGACUGGUGUCAGCCAGGCUCCUUGGGAUGAUGAAACUCCAGGCCCUUCCUAUUCCAUUUCAGAAGAGGUUCCUGGGACUCUGGAGAUGUCAGCAAGUUCUGAUGAAGGCUCUGCUCCAGAGAGUCAAAGGGCCAAUCUGCACACUCAGUUACAGGCUAACGCUGACUCCAGUGACAGCGAUUCUUCCUCAGACAACUGUGUUUUUGUUGGGUAUGUUAAGCCACCAGCUGAGAGGACACCAGAAGUUGUUGAGCUGUCCUCAGACUCUGAGGAACCCACUGGGGAAGACAACAAUGAAGAUGGAAAGGAACAGCAGCCAGUCAACUGUCACAGCUGGAGUGAUAGUGAACCAAGCUGGAGUUCAUCACCACAUUCCACCACGGACAAGGAGAACCUUGGUAGCUGUGGAAGCUGCUUAUCUCCUGAAGGUGAGGAGACAAAAGAUGAUGAGAAGUACAAACAUCAGGUAAAAGAUCUGACUUCACAGGUCUUAAGCUGGAGCCCCCCUCCAGAGAGUGACACAGUGUGCUCCCCUUGGAAUCACAGACUGUCUAGGAAGAGAAAGUCCAGGAGCCCACAGUCCUGUUCAUGGAACAGUCAUGGCAGUCAUGGGCAUCGCUCUAGGAGGGAGCACCAGAGCAAAAGCCAAACUAAAAGGAAACGAUCAAGAAGCAGAGGUAGCAGCAAACGUAGUAGGAAAAGAAGCAGCAGGAGGUCAAGGGCUCAUGAAAGCAAAGUCUCUCUAGAAAGCCAGAGAGGCUCUUUCAGUCAUGAGAGCACUCCAUGCAGAGAAGGAAGCAGAUCACGAUCACGCAGCAAAGGCCAUGGCAAAAGGAGAUCAGGAAGCAGAGACGGUGAUCGUUAUUAUGUAAAAGACAGUUCUCAAAGUAGACAUGAGUGGGGACAUGCUUUCUGUAGUCGAAAGGUGUUUGGAGAUGGCUAUGAAUCCUCCAGCAGGAGGAGGACUCAGUCUAAUGACACCUACUCAAGGCAGUCUCCGAGUCCAGAAUGUAGGAUACCAUCAUUUACUGAAAAGGCAGAUCCACACAGCCAGAGGGGAUUUCCUCACAGACACUACUACUGUUAUGAACGGUGCAGGUCAAGGAGUCGAUCCAGCAGCAGGUCAAGGACUCCUCUGAGGGGAACGGAGAGAAUGAAAAGUGAAAAACCUGGUGGGAAAAGGAAGCACAAAACUCGCCACCUGGAGAAUACAUUCACUGAGAGCACAAAUCGAGAAUGAGAAAGUGACCCCUAGGAGACUUCCUCAGAAUGUAGUGACUCCUACACACAUGAAGACAGCCUUUCAGACAGUCAAGCAGGCAGCGACACGACACGGAAGGAAAAGAAAACACAGAUGAGAAGUCCAAGCGUGGAGAUUGUCUAUGAAGGAAAAGCAACAGAAGCCACAAGGUGACUUCAAAAGAAAAAGGAUAAAAAGAAACACGGGAAAUGUCAAACAAGUAACUCAAUACAGUCUUUCACACAGUGA